ACUUGGGUCUCGAAGAAGUAAAAAGCAAAAAGGAAGAGUGUUUUUAUCCAAUACCCAAUAAUUCUGCAGAGUCAAAAGCAAAAAUGGUGGAUUGAUCAAACUCUUAAAACAGUCUAUCAAAAACAAACAAGCCCUUCGACAACAAGAAGAAGAAGAAGAACGAAAUGGUAUUCAAUAGUUUGAUGGUGUUAUCAGUAGCCCACAAAUCAGCAGAUUUAUGGCAAGAAAUAGCUCGCAUUCAACUUCAAGAACGUGUAAGCAGUCACCAACUUCUUGAUCUAAUCUGCUGUUUUCCUCUUCAACAAUUGGGUAGUUUUGCUCUCUGGCUAUGGACUUUCCUUUGCCUUCCUCCUCCAGAUUCUUUCUAUCCUUACUCUUACUACUCCAAUUCAUCAUCUUCUGAUGAAGAUGAUCAUCAUUAUCAUUUCCCUCUUGCCCGUGGGUCUUCCUUAUCUUCUUCUCCUCCAUCAUCGUCCGUUGAUCUUGGUGACUACUACCAUGACUCUCACUCUGAUUGAUUGACUGAUGAUGGGUUCUUCUCCAAUUUCAGCUUUUUGU